AUCAACGUUCCUAAUCCCAACAUGCGUGGCCAUAGCGUCGGCCGCUCUAAUGCUUUUACACAUAUCUGUAUCGCAGACGAAGAGUGCGCGUCCCGACGCGUCUAGCCGAGACUCACCAAGUUUAAGAAGGCAAAUAACUACCCUCGGAGGCUCAACUAUCUUUGCAUUUUAUUUCGUUCGACUCUUAUCCUGUGUAGCCCUCGUCGUGAUAGGUACCAUCGAGCUAGUAAGGAGUAGGUCGAGCGUUGAUACCGCGCUAAUUUUUAUCUUCCUGUACACGACUAUCCUUUCCUUGUCCUCCCUCAUCGCAUCUUACCGCUGGAGCCGAAACUCGAUCCGACACCUUAAUACAGUGUUAUGUGCUACCUUUGCGACCUAUGCUUAUAGGGAUGUAUAUCCGCUUGGGAAAUUCAAGGUUGUGCCACAGGAUGGCUCAGAUGGAAGCUUCACGUGGGUCAAAGUUGGGUUGUUGUUUCUAGCAGGAGUUCUAGUUCCGCUAUGCGUUCCAAGAAAGUAUGUUCCUGUGGAUCCAAAGCACCCGAAAACCCCCAAUCCUGAACAAACAUGCUCCAUCUUGUCCCGGCUUACAUUUGCCUUUAUGGAUUCAGUCAUUCUCAAGGCAUAUUAUUCACCAAGUUUACCUUAUGAAGAUCUUCCCUCGUUGGCAGAUUAUGACCAUGCGGAAUAUCUGAAGAAAAGGAGUUUUCGUCACCUUGAUCCAACAAUAGUCACAAAACGUCGGAACGCAUUCUUCUCCCUCGUCCGCGUGUUCACUUGGGAGUUUUCGGUGCUUUCGGUGCUUGUGCUGUUGCAGUCAGUGUUAGAUUUCGCGACGCCUGUAGGGGUAAAGAAUCUGUUGGGGUACAUCGAAACCAAUGGCGUCAACGCAACCUUCAAGCCAUGGGUGUGGAUAGCAUGGCUGUUUUUCGGUCCGUUGUUACAGACCAUGGCUUCAGAGAGUUAUCUGUAUAUCACUACUCGUCAGGUCGUUCAUGCAGAAGCGAUUCUUACUGAGGUCAUCCUCGAGCAUGCGCUUAGGAUACGGGUGAAGGCGGAAACGGAUGACGAAGAUGAUCAAAAGGCCUCCGAAGCAAUCUCGUCCAAUUAUCCUUCCGCAUCUGCCUCGCCUUCUCAAUCUGAGUCUGACUCGUCGACACCUCCAGACAGUGGCGACGAAGAGGAUCAGAGGACACUACAGUCUGAUACUCAUUCAAGAGCUGCAACCAAUGCGACUGAAGCCACAGAUGCUACAGACACCACACUGCGCCCCGGUUCUUCAUCCUCAUCCAAGGUCAUCAAAUCAAAAGAACCCUCAAAAGUGUCUGCACUCGCAUUAACCACAGAUUCGUCGAAAAACCCUAAAUCACAGAAAAUUAAAAGCGAAAAGGCAAAAAACAUUCUCGGCAAACUCUCCAACCUCGUCACGACUGACAUGCAAAACAUCACCGAUGGAAAGGAAGCGCUACGUCUAAUCAUUCAAGUGCCGAUUCAGGUGGCACUUUGUGUGUGGUUUCUGGAGAGAGUUUUGGGGUGGAGUGCAUUUGUCGGCCUGGCAACGAUCAUCAUUCUAUUCCCGAUUCCUGGCUAUUUUACCAAAUUGAUGCAAAGUAGGCAGAAAAUCAAGAUGAGAAAGACGGACGCAAGGAUUGGGGUUGUUACAGAGACUUUAUCUGUUCUUCGCAUGGUUAAGUUUUUUGGUUGGGAGUCCCUCAUGGGCGACAGGAUCAAAGAUGCUCGAGAGGAAGAGUUAGUAUACGUGAAAAAGUUGAGGCUGUUGGAGUUGGCUUCUGGUUUAUCCAACCAUGUUAUUCCUCUGAUUGUAAUGCUGGUUACGUAUGCUACCUAUACGGUGGUCAUGAAGCAAGAACUCUCUGCGUCCAAGGUAUUCAGUAGUAUGGUCGUUUUCGAAAAGUUUAGCAUGUUGAUGUGGCGAGUAAUGCACUACGUCAAUCAAAGUGUCAACGCAAAAGUAUCUCUGGAUCGUGUGACAGAGUUCUUGUAUGAGACCGAACUUCUUGACACUUUCCAAACACAUCCCCAUACUACCGGUUCUGCAGCUAGUGAUGAGUUGGGUAUCCCGGUCACUGCACCCCCACCUCCAUUUCCAACUCAAGAAAUUGGGUUCCGUAAUGUCACGUUCAGCUGGUCGAACGAUUAUUCGGGACAUUCCGACGAGUACCAGUCGGGUUUGUCAACUCCAACAUCAACCCGCUCUGAACCCUUCGAACCAUCUAUAUCUUCGUCUAUCACUCCGACUUCUCAGUCUCCGCGUUCUAUCAAACGCCAAUUUACGCUCAAAAUCCCAGACGAAGUAAUUUUCCAGAGGAACACCAUUAACCUCAUUGUCGGAAGUACUGGAUCGGGAAAGACGUCGAUGCUCAUGGCGUUGUUGGGCGAGAUGCAUUUUAUUCCCCAUAAUUCGGGUCUUCACCAACCAUGGUUCAAUUUACCAAGAGGACGAGGGGUAGCGUAUGCUGCGCAAGAGUCGUGGGUUCAGAAUGCUACUAUCACGGAAAAUAUAAUAUUUGACUCUCCUUUCGAAGCCACGAGAUACCGUCAGGUUUUGUACCAAUGCGCUUUGGAAAAAGACCUCGAACUGUUCCAAGCUGGGGACGAGACCGAGGUGGGGGAAAAAGGGUUGACGCUUUCGGGAGGUCAAAAAGCACGGGUUACGUUGGCAAGAGCGAUCUAUUCUAGUGCAGAGGUGUUGUUGUUGGACGAUGUACUUGCUGCGUUGGACGUUCAUACGUCCAAGUGGAUAGUCGAGAAGUGUUUCAAAGGUGAUUUGGUCAAGGAUAGGACAAUCUUGCUGGUGACACACAAUACCUCCCUAACUCAUCCCAUUGCCGGGUAUGUUGUAUCCUUGAAGGACGGACAGGUGGCGAAACAAGGUACCGUAGCGGAGGUACUGGGAACCAUCGAGCAGAUUGAGGAUGAAAUUGCUGGCAAUCAUGACGGGAGCGGCGGAAGUAAUGGAGAAGGCGACGGAACCAAAUCCAAGAAAUCUCCGCCUGUGGAAGGUCAAGGAAAACUCAUCGUUGCAGAGGAAAUUCAAAUCGGGAACGUUGGUUGGCCCGCUGUGCGAUUGCUCAUAAAAGGGCUCGGCGGACAACACGUUAUCCUAUUCGUCGCCUCCGUGUUCGCCAGUUUCCUACUCUCGGAGUCGGCCGAGAUCUUCCAGACAUGGUUUCUUGGUAUUUGGGCUAGUCAGUAUGAGCGGAAGGAUCCCUCUGAGGUGGAUGUUGUUUUUUACCUCGUCGGCUACUCCCUCAUUCUCCUGUUCGUCGUGGUGACCUUCGCUGUCGGAUUUAUUAUAUAUUUGUACGGAGUCUUGAGGGCGUCUAGGUCCAUCCAUAAACAACUGAUGCAGUCGGUGUUGGGAUCUACUUUGAGAUGGUUGGAUACCACACCGACGUCUAGAGUGAUUACGAGGGCUACACAAGAUAUGCGUGAUGUCGACGGACCUCUCCCAAACCAAAUCAGCAACUUACUACGAUUAACCAUCAUGAUGAUAGGCCAAUUCUGCUCCGUGAUCUACUUCAGCCCCGCAUUCUUAGUCCCUGGGAUCCUGGUCUCCGUAGCGGGCGCUCUAUGUGGAUCGAUUUACAUCAAAGCGCAAUUACCUAUCAAACGUAUUCAGUCAAAUGCGAAGGCGCCUGUUUUAGCUCAUUUUGGAACUGUCAUGGCUGGACUGGUAUCGGUACGAGCCUACGGCGUCCAAGAACGUUUCAUCAAAGAAUCCCUCACUCGGAUCAACUACUACUCUCGUCCCUCACGUGUAUUCUGGAACCUAAAUCGCUGGAUCGACGUCCGCCUCGACCUUCUCGGGAACGUAUUUUCUGCUUCGUUGGCGGCGUAUUUGGUGUAUGUCAGUCAUGGGCAGGCGGCAACGAUUGGGUUCUCGUUGAAUAUGGCUGUAAUGUUCAGUUCUUCGAUCUUGUAUUAUAUUAGGAUCAUGAACAUGUUCCAAGUCAGAGCCAACAGCCUCGAACGUAUCAACGCCUACAUCGAGAUAGAGCAAGAGCCCAAACCAACCAAGGAGGGUGUGCCUCCAGCGUAUUGGCCUUCCAGCGGGGAUUUACGAGUAGAAAAUCUCAGCGCUCGGUAUUCACCUGAUGGUCCGCAGGUUUUACAGGGCAUCAACUUUCACAUUAAAUCCGGCGAAAGAAUUGGCGUUGUCGGACGCACUGGGUCUGGCAAGAGUUCUUUGAUGUUAUCUCUUCUAAGAUGCAUUUACACCGAUGGCGAAGUGUAUUUGGAUGGUCUAUCGACCUCCACGAUCAAUCUGGAUGAUCUUAGAACGAAAAUUACAAUUAUCCCUCAAAUGCCAGAGCUUCUCAGUGGAACCGUAAGACGGAACCUGGACCCAUUCGACCAAUACGACGAUGCUGCGUUAUACGAUGCGCUCCGUUCUGCCGGGUUGUAUUCCAUUCAGAGUGAGGACGAAGAUGCGCGAGUUGGUUUAGAUACUGCUGUGGCUAGCGGAGGAGGGAAUUUAUCUGUUGGUCAGCGCCAGAUCAUCGCUCUUGCUCGAGCGAUGGUGCGAGAAAGCAAACUUCUUAUUUUGGAUGAAGCGACUUCUGCUAUAGACUAUAAAACAGAUGCUGUCAUUCAAUCUUCACUCCGCCAUGAGUUGAAGGGUGAUGUUACCCUCAUCACAGUCGCUCAUCGUCUUCAGACCAUCAUGGAUGCAGAUAAAAUUAUGGUUCUGGAUGCCGGAAGAAUCGUUGAAUAUGAUUCGCCCGAGGAAUUAUUGAAGAACGAGUCGGGGCAUCUGAGGGCUUUGGUGGAUGAAUCUGCUGACAAGGAACAUUUGUAUCAGAUGGCUGGAGGAGUUGCGACCUAACAAUUCAAAGUCUUUUAGUGUGCUAUCACAGGCUAUCACCACCGUAGAUAAUUGACCCAGUUAAAUUAGAGUAAUCAACCUGCGUCAUAACAACCCCAAAAGUAAUACUGACGUCAUAAUAUGCUCUUUAUCUCCACCCAAAUGGUCU